UGAUUAGUUUCACCUGUGUUUAGCUAUCUUUCCCUCACCUGUGUAUUUAGUCCAUGUGUCUUCCCUCUGCCAGUUGUCAGGUUGUCUGUGAUUGAUCCCCAGUCCAGUGCAUUUGGGUCCUUUUGCAUCAUUAUAAUGCAGGCAGACUCGGACAGAUACAGUACAGUUACAAUGCUGCGUGCACCUGUUUUAUUUUUGUUUGCAUCUUCCAUGCAGAUUGUCUCAGAGGCAGUUUGGUGCUACCAGUCCCAAGUUGCAUGCAAUCAAACCUGCACAGGUCCAGAUGAAUGGGGAGUGGUGUCACAGCACUGCAGCGGCAGAGCUCAGUCUCCAGUUAACAUUGUUACAAGGAGUAUGCUACCUGAUGAACGUCUCGCUCCUUUUCACUUCAUUGGCUAUCAAGACACUUUUCAUGGUCGCCUCAUAAACAAUGGUCACACUGUUAAACUGGAAUUGCCCUCCAGUAUAAGGAUCAGAGGAGGAAAUCUGGCUGUACCAUACAAGGCAUACCAACUUCACCUGCAUUGGGGCCAAGAUGGAGGACCGGGGUCUGAGCACACAAUUGAUGGAGAACAAUUUCCAAUGGAGAUGCAUAUUGUCCACAUAAAAGAAGAAUACAACUCUUUAUCUCAGGCCGUAAGAGACCGUGUAGGCUUGGCUGUUCUUGGAUUUUUCUUUCAGGAGUCAGAGUCUGCAAAUAAGAAAUUUGAUCCCCUUAUAAAUGCUCUGAAAUAUAUCAGACGACCCACCAACAGCAUAACACUGAAGGGUGUGUCCCUGGAAAUGUUCAUUCCCCCUCAGAAGAAUAUGACAAAGUACUUCCGCUACGAUGGCUCCCUCACUACACCUAACUGUGCUGAAACUGUCGUCUGGAGCCUGUUUGAAAACACUAUUCCUCUCAGCAGGGAGCAGCUUGCUGCAUUCUCCCAGCUUCAGUUUCCUAAUGGGAAGCAGAUGGUCAGAACCUACAGACCAGUGCAGCCCUUGAAUGAACGGCAGGUGUAUUACUCCGGAGGCCAUGUUGCUGUGGUGUGCACUGUGUUACUCAUCAUGUCAGUGCUGGUAUCCAGUGCACUCUCCCUGCACACUACAGGAUGAAAGCUCUGUUUAAUUUACUCAACCUUCUGAGCAAGCUGAGGAUUUCUAGUGGGUACAGCACACAGAUUUGAGUUAAUUUAUUUAUUUUAAAUUACAGUAACAGAAGUAAAAAAAUUCUGAGUUGGAUAAACUUAAAUCAAAAUUUGAGUUAUCACUCAAACCCUAUAGGAACCCUUUUGAUUGUUUUUAUUUUAUUUUUGUUGCUGUUAAUUUUGUUUGUUUUCACUCUAAGUUUCUAUUGUCCACCUCAUAUGUAAUUAUUUCACUUAUUUUUUGAUAUUUAUAUUUGGCUCAUUUUACCUUUUCUUGUUUUAUUGAUCAAUGUGAUUUUAAAUUGUUUGUUUGUUUUUUUUGUGUGGACCCCAGGGAGACUAGCAACCACUUUGUGGAAGCUAAUGGGGAUCCAAAUAAAGAAAGAAGAAUAUUUACCUUUUUAAAAAUGACAUCAUAUCUGUAAAACUAUCAGUUUUAUUUUGAAAUUUCUCUCCACUCCAGGCUAUCACCUUCACUAACAUCCACUACGUGGCAGCACCAAACAAGUCUGAAUGGCUUUUUGGAUUCUGCUUGCAUUCAAGUCUGGGUAGCACACUUGCAAACUGUACAUACAGGAUUUUUGCCUCAAACCUUUUAUUUCUAUCUUUAGGAGUCCUGGGGAAGUUUCAUCUCUCAUUUGGUGACAAACCCAAAGCCAGGAUGCAAUGAGAAAGUUAAACAUUUGACUGUACAGAGACAGGGAUGGGAUUUUUUUUUUUUUUUUGUGGUGGUGGUAUGUGUGUGCACAUACAUUUGAUAGAUGCAGAGUUUUCAACUGCUGUCCAUGAUUACACCUAUUCAGACAUGGUUCAGUCUGAAACUCUGGCAUGUGACAUUUUAUGAUUGAAUAAACAAUUGCAAUACUCAUUUCAAAGACCAUGUACAUUCAUAGCUAACAUUACACAGCAGAAGAAGUUUACUUCCCUGUCUGAGAUCAAUAGGUAAACCAUAAUUUAAUCAGUCCUAAGCAGCAACCUGGGAGGAUAAUACCUACUGGUAUCAUUAGAUGCUGCACUUGUUUUUGGCACCCUGCGGCUAUCUAUAUCACCCUAAGUACUCGAGGAGAUCACUUUGGACAUAAUCCCAUGUUGCACAGGAAUAGAUGUCUGAGGCAAGCACAUCCUCUAGCGCAACAGUGCUGAGAUAAUCUGCAGGAUGCACAGUCAUGCUCGCCUGCUGCAGAGGUUCAUUCCUUGUUUUCUUGGACACCUUUAUGUGUGUGCAUGUGUUGUUGGGCUUUUACUAUCUGAAUAAACCAUUUGUCAAUUCCUUUUUAUUCAUCUUCUA